AGCACAUCUCAACCGCAGUAUCUGCUACUAGUCUGCUGACAAAAGCUUUGCCACGGGCUGGGAUAUGAAUAACUCAACUGAUUACUGGAUUGAGGAUGACGAGGAUGAUCUCAACUCUGUUAUAGAUUACAAUACAUAUGAGUUUCUCUGUGAAAAAAGUGAUGUGAGAAAUUUCACUAAAUUAUUCCUUCCUGUGGUCUAUGCAUUGGCUUUCACUGUUGGAGUCGCUGGGAAUUCAUUAGUGGUCGCAAUUUAUGCCUAUUGCAAGAAACCGAAGACUAAGACAGAUGUAUACAUCAUGCAUCUAGCCAUUGCUGAUUUGCUCUUGCUCUUUACGCUCCCUUUUUGGGCUGCAAAUGCAGUGCAGGGAUGGGAACUUGGAAACUCGAUGUGCAAGCUUACUUCUUCUCUGUACACCAUGAAUUUCAGCUCUAGCAUGCUGUUCCUGGCCUGUAUCAGUGAGGAUAGAUACAGGGCCACUUCUGAAUCCCGGGGUCGUAGAAGAAUUGGUGAACGCUGCAGUGUUACCUGCAUCUGUGUCUGGCUGUUUGCCAUUUUCCUCAGUAUCCCUGAACUGAUAUUUAAUCAAGUCAAGAAACACAAUGACAAGAAUGAAUGUCUUCCUGUAUUUCCAAAGGACAUGGAAACACUCUUAAAAGCAACCAUUCAAAUCCUGGAAAUUAUCCUGGAAUUUCUGCUUCCUUUCCUAGUAAUGUUGAUCUGCUAUUCAGCUACUGCUCGAGCAAUCUUUAGAUCUGCAAAUGCUAAAAAAUCUAGACCUUUCCUGGUUCUGCUGGCAGUAGUGGCUUCUUUCAUUAUUACCCAGCUACCUUACAACAUUGUUAAGUUCUGUCGAGCCAUAGAUGUAAUCUACAUGUUGAUUACCAACUGUGAUGCAAGUAAAACCAUAGAUGUCGCACUCCAGGUCACCAAGAGCAUAGCUUUGUUUCACACCUGCCUGAACCCUCUUCUUUAUGCCUUUCUGGGUGCCUCUUUUAAAAUGCAUAUUAUGAAAAUUGCAAAAAAUUAUGGAUACUGGAGAAGACAACAACAGAACGGAAGACCUGAAGAGAUUUCUGUGAAUUAUGAAGACCAAACUGAAGAAACAGUUAGUUUCACUAUAUAGACUUUCCAUUACUUUCAUUAUCUUAUAUAACCAAGGGAAUUACUUACUAAUUCUGGGGGUAUUGUUUCAGCAGCUGUUUGUCUGCAACUCAACUUUUGGAUUAAUUUCUGAACUGCAGACUAGCCAAGACACUACAGUGCAGUUCAAAGUGGAACAUGUUGAUCAAAAUUAAACAUCAGGCAAGAACUAAAUACUGAAAUUCCUAGAAAAAACUAGAGCUAUUUACUUAAAAAAAACAACAAACUAAAACCCAAA